UUUCAGUCAAGCUCCUCCCUCAUCGGCCGCGGAACCCCUCGUUCCUUCCCCUCCCACCCUCCCCCAGAUCUGGCCAGAGUUCCUUUGCGAAUUUCUGCAGGUGUCCAACUUCCCUCCCCAAGUGGUAGACUUGAAGGCAAGGCCUCUCAUUACAUAACAACUGCAAGGCGAGUCUCAUCCAAGAGCCUUCCAUCCUCCCCUAACAUUUCCCCUUCCCAGCUUCAGACGAGAUCGUGACUUAAGGAAGGACUUGUAACAGCCAAGCCAAAGCCCAGAGAUGGAAGCAGACAAGGUCACAGAAGAGCCUCAUACCACCAUGGAAACAGAGGAGCGCUCCUCUUCAAAGGACCCUUCCGAGGACUCACAGGAGCCCCCUAUCCCUGAAACAGCCUUUGAGCCUUCCAUCUCUGAGACCCCUUUAGAGCCCCUUACCUCUGAAACCCUUUUGGAGCCUUCCAUCUCUGAGACUCCCUUAGAGCCCCACACCUCUGAAUCUCAUCUAGUUCCAUCCACUUCCCAGGCCCCUUUAGAGAACCAUGCCUCUGAAACUUCUUUGGAACCUUCCAUCUCUGAGACCUCUUUAGAGGCCCACACCUCUGAAUCUCAUCUGGUUCCAUCCACUUCCCAGGCCCCUUUAGAGGCCCACACCUCUGAAUCUCAUAUGCUUCCAUCCACUUCCCUGGCUCCUUUAGAGACCUACACCUCUGAAUCCCUUUUGGAGCCCUCCAUCUCUGAGACCCCUGUAGGAUACUCUGAGAUCCCUUUAGAAACCCUUAUCCCUGAGACCCUGUUGGAAACUCACAUCUUUAAGGUCCCAGAGAAACACCUUUCUUCUCCUACCUCAUCACAAGACUAUGUCGCUGUACCUUCCCCUGAUACUCUGAAGGAAGACCUCUCUAAGUAUUCUCCCAGUGAGGUCUCAUGGACAAGGAGGUCCAUCCAGACCUCUGAGUCUGAGAUCCUUCAAAAGCACUCCCUUUCAAGCCCUUCAGCCCCGGUCCACCUGGACACAUCUGCAAAGGAAAAGGAAGAGGAAGGAGAAGACAAAGAGCAGGUGGAUGCCACUGACAGCACUGCACACACAGCUCAGCCUGGACAACAGCUGGGCAAGAAGAAGAAGAAGAAAGGAGUUAGCUAUUACACAGUCCACCCAGUGGUGCCUGCCAAGCAAGCAGAGCUGGUGGAAGUGGCUAAGGCAAUGCCCAGAGAGAAGUUUGGUGCUCAGGUGAAUUAUCUUUUCCAAUGGGAGAAGAAUGCAGCCCUAAGUACCAUCCAGACAGGUCUCUACAUUGGCUGGCGCUGCCCCCAUUACCUAUGGGACUGUUUCCGGAUUGGAGAUGAGUCCAAAUGCUUUUGUGGACACUUGUUGAAAGAGCACCAGAUCAUCUCAGACAUAUCUGUGCCCUGCAACGUGGGCCAGUGUCGCUGCCUCAUGUUCUGCUUUAUCCCAUCACGCCCAGAGGAGGUGGGUGAGUUCUGGCUCAAAAGACGAGCUACCUUUGACCCCAAGGCCUGGAGGGCCCAAUGUCGCUGCAAACACAGCCAUGAAGACCAUGCAGCUGCUGGGUCCCAUCCCUGCAGGGUGAAAGGCUGUUGCUGCAACUGUUUUGAGUCUAAUUUCCUCUGUGCGGCCUGUGACCGGCGCUGGGAGGAACACGAGACUUUCUUUGAGACUGAGGAGACCCGGCGACGAGGAGGGAGGCCUCAUGGGACAGACAGUGUCAACACCUGGCGCAGGCCUCUUUGAACCUGGCUCAAAUCAGCAAUAAAAAGGAAGCCUCUGGAA